CUCGGCAGCCCUAGGGAGAGUGGGAGUCGUUAGGCGGCUAAUGCAGUUAAGUAGUCCAGGGGAGAAAUGUGAUGGGGAUUGAACGACCAUCAGAUAUAUGUGAGGGAGACAAAUCCAAGGGCUUCCAGGUUUCUGGCUUGGGCAACUGGUUGGUUAUGGGUUGCAGUUCACAGGGUCAGGGAACCUACGCGGAGGAGGAAUGGUGUGUAAGAAGACGAAGUCCUACUUGGUAAAAACGUGAGCAGCACUGCCGGAAAAAAAACGAAAUAAACCGUACCAAGCGCAUGCGGACCAAGAACACAUUUCACUAAGAUGGCGGCUCCCCUGCUGGACGCAGGCUCCCUUACGUCAUCACACUGCGCGGCCGCCUUUCGCGCACCACGUCGGAAAGUAGCAGGCGGGCAGAUGGCCAGGUCCCAGGCCAGAGGGCGUGCCCUAUUCAUCCCUGGCGCAAGAUGGCGCUGCCUUUUGCACGUUCGCUGUUCUUGUGCCGCUGGGGAGCUAAACGAUUGGGGGUAGCCGUCGCGGAAGCCCGCAGAGGCAUCAGUUUCAAACUGGAAGAAAAAACCGCCCACAGCAGCCUGGCGCUCUUCAAAGGUGACACAGGUGUCAAGUAUGGCAUAGUAGGAUUGGAGCCCACCAAGUUGGCCCUGAAUGUGGAGCGCUUCCGGGAAUGGGCCGUAGUGCUGGCAGACACAGCAGUCACCAGUGGCAGGCACUACUGGGAAGUGACAGUGAAGCGCUCCCACCAAUUCCGAAUAGGAGUGGCAGAUGUGGAUAUGUCCCGGGAUAGCUGCAUCGGUGUUGACGAUCGUUCCUGGGUGUUCACGUAUGCCCAGCGCAAGUGGCACACCAUGUUGGCCAACGAAAAAGCCCCUAUUGAGGGCAUGGGGCAGCCAGAGAAGGUGGGGCUGUUGCUGGAGUAUGAGGCCCAAAAGCUGAGCCUGGUGGAUGUGAGCAGGGUUGCUGUGGUCCACACGCUACAGACAGAUUUCCGAGGUCCAGUGGUACCUGCCUUUGCCCUAUGGGAUGGAGAGCUGCUGACCCACUCAGGGCUUGAAGUGCCUAAAGGCCUCUAGUAUGUGUUUCAUUGGAGUGCCCAAUCAAGCUCUAACUUGGGUAGCCUCCUGGUGAAACUGUCUGAAGCCUUUUAAUUUUGCCGCUAAGCAACCUCCAACUCCUGCAAUUCAGUGUUAGGCCCUCUGUGCAAUAUCUUAGUCUUUUUCCUUUCCCCUACCCUGUGAAAACUAGGCACACAGCCACCCUCUCCCCUCCCCCAAUCUACUGCCAGUUUCCUAGGCUACCCUGCGUGUACUUAAUGUGACUGGCUUCCUUCGGUCCCUCUGCCUCCCUGUGCCCAGACCUCAGACUGCAUUCAGUCCCGGGGUCUUAGCUUUCAACUUUGAAUUGAUUCAUCACUGUGAUACCUCUGCCUCCCUCUGCCCCCAUGUGAUUCCCCCCUCCCCCCACCUUGGGGCUCUACAGAAUCUCUCCAGAGUAAAUCCUUUCUACCUCUGGCUGGAGGAGUGGUACAAUGACUUGGCCCUUUCCCUGUAGCACAUGCAGAGUUGACUCUGGCUCCCCAGGAAGUUCUUUACUGUCUCUGAAUGAAACAGAGCCCUUCUUUCCUAGUACCUCAGUGCCAGACUCUCAGCCCCACACUGCUGCAGCUAUCACCACCCAGAGUCCAUCUGCCUUAAUCUGCACAUCCCUGACAUCUGGUCAAUCCAUUAUAAUCAUUGGGCCAGUUACAACCAUGAUCAAAGGAGACCAGAUACUUGUGCCACAGUUGGAACUUCCAGAGGGAGGUGGGAGGCCUGAGGUCUUGCACAAUCCCUUUUUGAGCCUGCUCAGACCCAAGCCCUAUUACCACCCACUCUCCCCUCCACCCCCUCCAGCAGUUGCUGUAUCCUAGCAACUCUAGGAUACAGUUAACCUAGAGUAGUAUUUAGGGUUGACGAAAACGUGGUGGGAUGAGUAUGUAUGUGAAAUAUGUAUUGUUUGGGCUCUGUCUGACCUUGUGGUUCCCUCUUAUUCUACCUUUAUGAUGGUGACACAGCUGGAUGCCCCUGUGGGAGAGAGAGAAGGAGUGGGCUUAACAAUUAUAAUUUGUGUAAUUAAAGUUUAUUUGAGCACAAAA